GUAACCCUCAUUUGACUGCUAGAUACGGGACCCAUUCUGUUGAUAGGUAGCAGCACUAGAGUGAUAACGACCGACAUGGGAUACAAAAAAGGGACCACUCGCUCGAGCGUCGAAAAAGCGAAAGUCAUGAAUGCAGCGAAGAAGGCCAAGCGUCUACAGAAGCAGGCGGGAACUACUGCAUUGGCAAGACUUCUUGAGAAGGAGAAGCGGCUGGAGGCGCAGGGCGAGCGGCUCCGGAAGCAGAAUGAGAUAUUGCUCGCCAAGCUGAAGGAGCAGGAGGCAAGGAAUGAGCAGCUGGCGGAAGAGGCGGACGAAAUGAUCAGGAGAGGGAUAAGAAUGCUACAACGCUAUUGAGAAUACAAUGGAAUGAAUUGCUGCUGCUGACAAACUUCAAGUGAUCCUCCUCGAUGU